GGUACUGAAGGGUUUGCAAUGACAGAGACAGACAGGAACUUCACCUGCCCAGGGCACAGAGAAGCAAGAAGUUCGAGGCACGCUCUGGGCGAUGGGCUCCCUACUGGCGGCCAUCUGGAGGGCGCUCAAUCCCAGCACUCUCUUACUCGGUGCCCUGGUCUUCCUGGUCCUUGCAAACUUCUUCAAAAGACGACGGCUCCCAAAGAACUACCCUCCAGGGCCCAGGAGUGUGCCUUUCUUUGGGAAUUUCUUCCUACUGGAUUUUAAGCGGCCGCAUCUGUCCCUUCAGAAGUAUGUGAAGAAAUAUGGGAACGUUUUCAGCAUGGAGUUUGGUAUCUGGCCUACAAUUAUUGUAACUGGAUUGCCCUUAAUCAAAGAGGCCCUUGUCCACCAGGGCCACAAGUUUGUUGACCGCCCCAUAUCCCCCAUUCGAGAGCGGAUCUUCCAGAAAAAUGGACUGAUCCUGUCCAAUGGCCAGAUAUGGAAGGAGCAAAGAAGGUUCACCCUGACAACACUAAGGAACUUUGGCUUAGGAAAGAAGAGCCUAGAGGAGCGCAUACAGGAGGAGGUCCAUCACCUCACCCUGGCAAUAGAGGAGGAGAAUGGACAGACUUUUAACCCUCACUUCAAGAUCAACAAUGCAAUCUCCAAUAUUAUUUGUUCCAUCACCUUUGGGGAGCGCUUUGAGUACCAGAAUGAUCAGUUUCAAGAAAUGCUGAAGUUGCUGGAUGAGAUUGUACGUCUGGAGACGUCAGUGUGGUCCCACCUCUAUACUACUUUUCCACGGAUAAUGCACUUCGUUCCUGGACCCCACCAAGCACUCUUCAGCAAAUGGGAGAAACUGAAAUUGUUUAUUUCUCAUGUGAUUGAAAAGCACAAGAGAGACUGGAAUCCUGAGGAGACAAGAGAUUUUAUUGAUGCAUACCUCAAGGAAAUAGAAAAGCAUAUGGGCAAUGCUACUUCCAGUUUCCAUGAGGAAAACCUCGUCUGCACCACCCUGGAUCUCUUCUUGGCUGGCACCGAGACAACUUCAACGACUCUGCGCUGGGCUCUGCUGUACAUGGCCUUCUACCCAGAAAUCCAAGAAAAAGUACAAGCUGAGAUCGACAGAGUGCUUGGCCAGUCGCAGCAGCCCAGCAUGGCUUCUCGAGAGUUCCUGCCCUACACCAAUGCUGUUGUCCAUGAGGUGCAGAGAAUGGGAGAUAUCCUCCCCUUGAACGUGCCCAGGGAAGUGACAGUUGAUACCACCUUGGCUGGAUACUACCUACCAAAGGGCUCCAUGCUUAUUACCAAUCUGACUGCACUGCACAGGGACCCUGCAAAGUGGACCACCCCUGACACGUUCAAUCCGGAGCAUUUUCUGGAGAAUGGACAGUUUAAGAAAAGGGAAGACUUCCUGCCCUUCUCAUUAGGAAAGCGGGCAUGCCUUGGAGAACAGUUGGCCAAGGCUGAGCUCUUUAUUUUCUUCACCUCCCUUUUGCAAAAAUUUACCUUUAAGCCUCCAGACAAUGAGAAGCUGAGCCUGGAAUUCAGAAUGGGCAUCACCCUCUCCCCAGUCGACUACCGCAUCUGUGCUGUUCCUCGGGCAUGAAGGUGGGAGGGAAGGAGAGGGGAAAGGAGAGCAGGAAGAAUGGGCCUGUCCUGUGAAGGCUCCACCACCUGCUCUGAACUGAGGGAGCGCAGUGGAGUGGCUUUGAGCAAAGAGGGCAGGCGCUGGAACCAGAGGGAACUGGAUUCAAAUCCAGUUUUAUCUCCUCCAGUGUAGCCUUGAGCAAGUCAUGUAUCUUUAGAAAACACUACCAAUGAUAUUCCUAAAAUAAAAGCAAUCACAUUAGGCUUUGAA